AAUUGGAUCAAGGGGGUGGAAGCCCUUGAAGAAUAUCAGCCUGGAGGUUACCACCCGGUUAUGAUUGGUGACAUGCUCCAUAACCGGUACCCCGUCGUAGAUAAACUAGGUCAUGGUGGUUACUCUACCGUCUGGCUUGCUCAAGAUACUGUCCUCAAGAGAUAUGUCGCACCGAAAGUCAACACAGCGAAUGCGCAACCACGCGAGGCAAAGGUACUUAGAACACUGUCCAAACUACCCACAUCCUUAUCACCUCCAGCCCACGGACGCAGCCUAGUGCCGAUGAUUUUCGACGAAUUCCAAGUACAAGGUCCAAACGGGAUACAUGCGUGCUAUACUACAGUUCCCAUCAAG